AUGGCUUCCGAGCUUCCGAUAGACAUCCAUUGCGCGAAACUACUCGAUUGGCUGAUCAGCCGCCGGCACAGCAACCGUGAAUGGCAGAAAAACGUGCUUGCCAUCCGCGAAAAAAUCAAGACGGCCAUCUUGGACAUGCCGGAGUCAGAAGAAGUCGUUCGGCUGCUCUCCGGCACUUCCAUUAACUACUUCCACUGCCAACAAAUCAUCAAUAUCCUGAAGGAGACCGAGAAGGACACGAAAAACUUCCUCGGCUUUUAUUCAUCUCAACGGAUGAAGGAUUGGCAGGAAAUCGAAAGCCUCUACAAGAAGGAUAACGUCUACCUAGCGGAAGCUGCUCAAAUCUUGCAGCGUUUCGUUCAAUACGAAAUCCCGGGCCUGAAGCGACAAAUCGCGAAGGCGGAUCAGAGUCUGGAGGAAGGCGUGAAGAAAGAGAAAGACUAUUUAAAACAAAGCGCCGAUGCUAAAAAGGACUAUCACAAGGAGCUGGAAAGACUGGGCCUACAAGGAAAAAAGUUGCGCUCGGAGUUGCUGGCGCUGGCAGCCGAUCUACCGGCCUUUUUCGCCCAACAAAACUCCCAAAUCGGAAACCUUGCCGCGGCGCGGGACUACUACGCCAAUUUCCGCACUUACUUAUUACGCGGUGUUCUGCCAACAUCAGCCUUCUUGCCCGCUCUCUCCUUACUGUUCACAAAGGGCGGCAACGCCACGGCGUACGAGCUGAAACACGGGAAAGCGCCCGAUUCCGUCGAGCUGCCCAACUACGAUUUGCUGCUGAGGGCCGGGGAAGAGGAGAAACCCGACGAGGGCAUCGAUUUCGGCGACGACAUCGAUUUUGGGGACGGUGAUGCGAUAGAUUUCGGGGAAUCGAUUCAGAUUGAGACUGUCGGAGAUGAUACAGGUGCAACCUUGGGUGGGCUUGUGGCACGAGGUGAUGAAGCGCUGCCGUUAUUGGAGAAUACUUCGACCCAAAAGACUGUGAAGAACGAGCUAAAAGAAUUGCUCGGCUUCUUGGCAAUGCGACUCGAAGACGAGGAACGCGAAUCCCCGGCCGACAACUUGGUUUUGGCGGCGGAGGUUCGACCUGAGAACGCCAAGGUCCCAAUUACGACGCUGAACACCUGGAUUCGCCUGAUCAAGGAGAUUCUCGCCGAUCUUUCCGCCGAGCAUAGGAUUCAUCUUUUCAAAAUUCGCUCAAGCCCACAAUAUGUCGAGACGCUAGUCGAGGCGCUGGAGCGGAAGCACGAAUCGGAAGCGCGAUAUGCCAUGAUGGCCGAAGCGAUGAAGGAACGACAGUCCGGGGCUUCCGAGACCGCAAAGAAACUACGCGCCGAACUGCAGGUGCUCCUCUCAAACACCAAGGAGCUGCAGGAACAGAUCGCCGCCGAGAUUUCGAAGAAGUACGAGAACCGGCGGGUGAACAUCAUGGGAGGCUAUACGCCAGCACUUGCCAACAUUUCA